UUACGACAUUUCGCGCAUGCGCAGUAAGCCUGCUGUCCCCCCCCGGUGUGUGUGGAGUGGAUGGUGGUCACCCCCUCUGCUUGGCUGAGCCCUCUGCCCCUCUGCUCGCUGCUCCUCCACCCGACCCAGCUCUCUCCGCUCCACUCCUCCACGUGCUUCGGCGAGAUGGAGGAGGUUUAAAGUUUGGUGGUUUUGGGGCGUUUUGUUUGUGUUGCUCCUGGGACCAGUUCGGGGACGAGCCACAAAGCUGCGUGGAAAUGGCGGACUUUUGGAAGUCACAACCAAGGAAAUUCUGCGAUUACUGCAAAUGCUGGAUAGCGGACAACCAACCGAGUCGAGAUUUCCACGAGCGAGGGAAGAAUCACAAACUGAACGUACAGCUCAAGAUCGAUGAGAUCCGCAAGAGGCGCCAGGAGAAGCUUCAGCUGGAUGAGGAGAUGGGAGCGGCCUUCAGGGCCAUGGAGCAGGCUGCUGCCUGGGCCUAUGAGGGAGACCUCCGGCGAUUGGGGGCCCUGGGGCCGCACGACUCGGACUCCUGCACACAGCACGCACAGGGAGCCGGAGGGAGAGGGGUCCCGGAUAAAGGGGUCCCGGAUAAAGGGGUUCCGGAUAAAGGGGUCCCGGAUAAAUGGGUUCCGGAUAAAGGGGUCACGGAUAAAAGGGUCCCGGAUAAACGGCUUCCGGAUAAAGGGGUCUCGGAUAAAUGGGACCCGGGUAAAGGGGACCCGGGUAAAGGGGACCCGGGUAAAGGGGACCCGGGUAAAGGGGACCCGGCGAGGGGUCCAGGGGGACCGAUGGGGAUCCAGAGGAAGGGGGAGAAACCGGAGGAGCCGCAGAAUGUCGGCAGAGAGGAGGGGGUACUGGGAGGUGGAGGUGGAAAACCGGCGCCGCCCACCGCCGCCGCCCUACCCGCGGCCGACGAGGGCAGCCAAUUGGAGACCUCGGAGGAGCCCCGCCCCCCGGCGAAGCGGGCCAAUCCGUACGGAGCGUGGGAGGAAGAGAGGGCGACCCCGGCACUGGGGGUCACCGCGGGGGUCACCGCGGGGGUCACCGCGGGGGUCACGGCGGUGUUCAAGAAGAGGCGGGGGGCUGGGGGCUCGCGCAGCCUGCGGGCACGGAGACGCGGGGACGAGUAG